UGGCGGAAGGGGAGUUGUUUUGAGGUUUUUCAUAUUUUCUAUUUCAGUAUUUUGCUCAUUGUAAUUUCAGUAACUUUAUCACAACAACGAAUAUGCAUUUUUCUAUUCCUGAUACACAAGAAACAAAGGAUGCCAAUGGCUCUAUCUUCACAUCAUACAACAUCUAUGUGAAUGGAGUUUUUCAUUGCUCAGUUCGCUACCGGCAGCUGCAUCAGUUUCAUGAAGAACUGAAGAAAGAAUUUGGUGCAUCUGCCUUACCAGCAUUCCCUCCAAAGAAAAUUCUGCCUCUGUCCCCGAGCCAGGUGGAAGAGAGGCGGACCCUACUUGAGAGAUACAUCCAACUUGCCAGCCAAGAUGUCCAGAUUUCAAACAGUGACCAGUUUAAUGGCUUCCUGUCCAUGGCACAGCAGGAGACUCAGAAACAGGAACCUGAGAAUGUUUCCCUGGCUGCCUAUCUGAUGAAUGGCCACAAGAUCACAGUGAACAUCGUGUCAACAAACCAAACAGAGGAAAUACUAGAGGCAGUUGCAUCACAAAUUGAAAUCCCAGAUGAAUAUGUGUACUACUUUGGACUCUAUCUUGUACGCAAGGAAGAAGGGGGAGAUAACUCAAUUGUGAGAAAACUGCAAGACUUUGAGUCUCCAUAUAUUUCCUUGAAGGCAGCAAACAAAGAAGGAGUACAUAGAAUAGUUCUCAGAAAAAGCUACUGGGAUUCUUCGUUUGAUGAUGACCUGCUGGAGAAUAAAAUAACCAUGAAUCUGCUGUACGUCCAGGCUGUGAGUGAUAUAGAGAGACAAUGGGUGUUGGCCACAAAAGAUCAGCUCAAACAUCUGACUACAUUACAAGAGAGAGGUUCCAAACGAGACUAUGUGCGUCUUGCCAGAACGCUGAAAUACUACGGUUACAUUCAGUUCCGCCCAUGCGUCACAGAUUACCCAAAUCCAAAUUCUCGAGUUUUAGUUGCUGCGGGAAACAAGGAGCUCAAUUUCCGGGUACAAGUACAGGAUCAAAUCAAAGAAGGCUCAUUCAAAAUUACCAGAAUGCGAUGUUGGCGCAUCACAACAACAUAUCCAGAAGGAAGUGGUGAUUCGAGCUCGUCUUCCAGCCCUAACUUGGAGUUGUCCUUCGAGUACCUGAUGGCUCGCGACACCCUCAAGUGGAUUACCAUCACAAGCAGUCAGGCAAUGUUGAUGAGUAUGUGUCUACAAAACAUGGUAGAUGAACUCAUCAUGAAGAAACAAGGCAAGAAGUUUAAAAAGCCACAGGAUCAUACAAAAAGUCCACAAACCAUUGGUGUAAAUGGUGAGACUACUCACUAUGGAGACAAUACACAUUUUAAAAGACAGCAGUCAAGAGAAUCACAGGUGGACAGCAAAGCAGUACAUAAUGAUGAUCAGAGUGCAAUAAACAAGGCAAUGGGUUCAGUGAAGAAAAUUUCAGAUAAAUUCUCCAAGAGCAGCAAAGCAGAAAACAGCAUUACACAAAACGAUGCCUUCGAACAGAUUGGUGAUGAUGACUUGUGACCUCCAAACAUUGGCAUAGUGACCUUGGAACAACACUGAAUGAACUUGUGACCUUGGAACAACACUGAAUGAACUUGUGACCUUUGGACACCAUCUGCAGAUUUGUGAUCUUAUAACCUUCAAACAGUAUACCAGUUACCCUUGUACAAUGUCAGAAUAGCUUGAAAAAAUAUAGCACUUACCUUUAUACAAUGUCAGAAUGGCUUCUAACAGUAUAAAGUCAGAAUGGCUGCAAACAAUAUAACACUUACGGUACCUCUGUACAACUUCAUUAAUAGCUUCAAACUUUACAACUUCAGAAUGGCUUCAAACUUUACAACUUCAGAAUGGCUUCAAACUUUACAACUUCAGAAUGGCUUCAGACAGUAUAAUGACAGAAUGGCUUCAAACAGUAUAACGUGAGAAUGACUUCAUACAGUAUAACGUAACAAUGACUUCAGACAGUAUAAUGACAGAAUGGCUUCAAACAGUAUAACGUGAGAAUGACUUCAUACAGUAUAACAUAACAAUGACUUCAGACAGUAUAAUGACAGAAUGGCUUCAAACGGUAUAACGUGAGAAUGACUUCAGACAGUAUAACGUAAGACUGACUUCAGACAGUAUAAUGUCAGAAUGGCUUCAAACAGUAUAACAUAAGAAUGACUUCAGACAGUAUAAUGUCAGAAUGACUUCAGACAGUAUAACGUAAGAAUGACUUCAGACAGUAUAAUGUCAGAAUGACUUCAGACAGUAUAACGUAAGAAUGACUUCAGACAGUAUAACAGUUAUCUCUAUACAACAUCAAAAGGCGCCACACUACCAUUUGUUAUGUCAUUACUUGUUGUAGCAGUUUAAUAUAGCCUGGUUUAGGAAAUAGUUCCUCAUAUAAAAAAAUACACUGUGUACUGCAAAAUUCUGAUAUGCCUUUUGAAAUCCUUCUUUGAUGAUUAUAAGUAGCCUGACCUCUGUAUUAUUGAAAUAACACAUUGGUUUGAAGAUACUUGCUAUAUGUAGUAUUUAAAUAACACAUUGGUUUGAAGAUACUUGCUAUAUGUAGUAUUUAAAUAACACAUUGGUUUGAAGAUAUUUGCUAUAUGUAGUAUUUAAAUAACACAUUGGUUUGAAGAUACUUGCUAUAUGUAGUAUUUAAAUAACACAUUGGUUUGAAGAUACUUGCUAUAUGUAGUAUUGAAAUAACACAUUGGUUUGAAGAUACUUGCUAUAUGUAGUAUUUAAAUAACACAUUGGUUUGAAGAUACUUGCUAUAUGUAGUAUUUAAAUAACACAUUGGUUUGAAGAUACUUGCUAUAUGUAGUAUUUAAAUAACACAUUGGUUUGAAGAUAUUUGCUAUAUGUAGUAUUUAAAUAACACAUUGGUUUGAAGAUACUUGCUAUAUGUAGUAUUGAAAUAACACAUUGGUUUGAAGAUACUAGUUAUACGUAUUAUUGAAAUAACACAUUGGUUUGAAGAUACUUGCUAUAUGUAGUAUUUAAAUAACACAUUGGUUUGAAGAUACAGUCAUCUCCACUUAUUUGCACAUCGGUUUAUAGCAUAAUUCGGUUAAUUGACUAUUUUCACCCAACAUGGAACCAUUUGCCCUUGUAACACUACAAAACAUCCGGUUAAUUGCACAGACUACAGGCUAUAUAUCGGUUAUUUGCACACAUAAAUAACAAUUU